UUUAAAGAAAAACCGAUUAUUUAUUUUGGAAGACAUAAAUUACCCAGAAAUAGUUCACUCAACGUUAAAAUAAACCGAACAUUGGUCCUUCGAGCCGGAUGGUCUCAAGAAGCAAGGAAAUUGGUCAGAAAAGCCGACAAGAAUCAACUUUGUGGAAUUUAUUGUCUUUAUAGCGAAUUAGGUUUAAACCAGUUUUAAACAAAUACGAUUAAAAACAAACAGCUUAUUAUCGAUAUGACAGAAAUCGAGAGAUUAGUACGGAGACGAGCAGCCUUUAAGGCUCAGAUAACAAUCCUAAACAAUUAUCUAAACGAGUUAGAGGACGAACCUACAAACACAUGGGAUACAUUGGUAAUAUAUUUAAUUUCUAUAAAACUAGAUAAUGAGACAUUAAAGCAUUGGGAGGAAGCAAAAUCUGGUUAUGUAAAUCCAACUUUAGACAAUUUAACCACAUUCUUGAAGCAUCGAGCAGACAUGUUGGAAACAUUGGAACAAAGUAAGAAUUCUAAACGAGUCAUUCCAAGGUCAAAGGGUGACAAUAAAACAAAAGCCUUUGUUGCAUCAAAACCGUACUGUGUAUAUUGCAAAAAGGACCAUUACAUUCAAAAUUGUGAGGCAUUUGUAAGGUUAUCAAUCGAACAAAGACGAACACAAGCAAUGAAGAAUCACUUGUGUCUUAACUGUUUAAGGUUGGGUCAUACAAGUAAAAUGUGCUAUGCAAGUUCCUGUAAAACCUGUAAUGCUCGACAUAAUACCUUAUUACAUGAAGAACGAGUAUCCAGUUCAGAAAACGAACAGACAGUUAAUUUAUCAUCACAUAUUAAUUUUAAUGGAGAUCAGGUACUUCUUUCAACAGCAUUACUAAAGAUUUUUGAUAAAAAUGGGAAAUGUCAUGUAGCACGGGCACUUUUAGACUCAGGUUCUCAAAGUAGUUUUAUAACCGAAGACUUUUGUAAUAAGUUACAGUUUGAUGUAAUACCAACCAAGAUAACAGUAAGUGGUUUGAGUGAAGCUCAAUCUAAUGUGUCAGGAAAGAUUUCUAUACAAGUACAUUCUAAGGUAAACAACUUUUCAUUUAAAAAUUCUUUUCUAGUUAUAAGAAACAUUACAGAAACCUUGCCUAAUUUUAAAAUUAAUAUCAAAAAUUUGAACAUUCCAGACAAUAUUAAAUUGGCAGAUCCUCAUUUUUAUAAGCCAGAGAGAGUUGAUGUGCUUUUAGGAGCUGACUGUUUCUGGAACCUUAUGUGUGUUGGACAAAUCAAGUUAAAUAAUGGAUUAUUAUUACAAAAGGGUAAAUUAGGUUGGGUUAUUGCAGGACGUAUGCAGUCAAAUCCUUGUACCACGACAAUACGUAAUUUUUCUAAAGCUAAUGACAUUGACAAGCAGCUCACUCGUUUCUGCGAAUUAGAAGAGUUUCGACACUCCAAACCACUGUCAAACGAAGAAAAAUUGUGUGAAGAAGAAUUUGUAAGGACUUUCAAACGUGACAGUGAAGGACGCUUUGUAGUAACUAUUCCUCUAAAACAAGGUCCUGAAGUCCUAGGCGAUAAAUACGAUAUAGCAAAACCAAGGUUUUUAUCUCUAGAACGAAGAUUUAAACGAGAUCCUGAAUUCAAGAAACGUUAUAUCAAUUUUAUUAACGAGUAUAAAAAUAUGAAACAUAUGUCCAAGAUAGAACAUCCAGAUAAUGCAACUUUUAGUUAUUACAUGCCCCAUCAUGGCGUUAUAAAAGAAUCAAGUUUGACUACCAAGUUACGGGUAGUAUUUGAUGCUUCAUGUCCAAGUAGUAGUGGAUAUUCUUUUAACGAUUUGCAACUUGUUGGACCUACAAUCCAGUCAGAUUUAUUCUCACUCCUGCUGCAGUAUCGAACGUACAACUAUGUAAUUAGUGCUGAUAUAGAGAAAAUGUAA